GAAAGAAAGAGAGGAAGUGUAGAAAGAGUCAAAACAGAAGACUGUUAGACUACGCCUAAAAGCUUGUAUUUUCUCGGGGCUUUCAAAAUCAUUUUUGGCAGUUUUCCUAGGAAGUAGGCAAGGUAGACCAGGCAAACUCCAAUGAUUCAUUGAAUUUCCUCUUUCAUUUUUCCAACCCCUCAACUACGAUGCCAAACUGAAGUUUCUAGCUCUCCCUUUGGUUUUUUUUUUUUUGUCCUUUAAUUCGUUCAUUUCAAGUCAUAAACAAGAAAGGAAGGUAAGAGAAAAAAAUUAGUCACAGGAGAUAAAAAGAACAACAACAAAAAAAAAAAAGCUAUGGCUUGCUUUGUUCCUUUCAGUAACAGAAAUUUGGAUGGAAGUUUUUUUGUGUUCAGACAAACAGUUGUACUUGUCGAUGAAUUUGUUGAGUCACUGAAACAGUUCUGUCUAUGCACUGAAACUCUUGGCUGUGUUCAAAGCUCUAUAUUCAAGAGUAUCCAUGGUAAUCUGAUCAUAUGGUAUGGAGGAUGGACGAAGAAAUCUACUGAAAACAAAGAACUUUUGACUACAACCCUUCUAUCAAUGUUAUCAAGUCUGUCAAGCAUGGCUGUUCUAGUUGAACAUAGCUUCUUUGAUGCAUAUGCUGGAGAAUCAAAAGAUGGCUCCAAUGCUGCCAAGUUCUCAACAGGUGACAUAGUCUCCAUGAGUGUUAUUGCAUCUUCUGCAAGUGACCUAAAUGAUGUCACCUACGCAAACUUGGCCCUAUUCAAGUCACGCUUCUUGAGGAUGGAAGGGGCAACAGCAGGAGUUUGCUUUAAAUGUCAGAGCGAGCCAAGGGUAGCAUCCUUUUACGUAUGGAAAUCUCUUCUAUUAUGUUAUUCCUGGAUCCUUACCUCGGAUUACAGGAAAACAAUGCUGCCCUACCUCGAUCGUUUUUCCCUCAGUAUUAAGUAUGACAUCUUCUGGGUUGUCUAUGUUAGCAGUGAAAAUGUUCAGAACUAUCAGAUUCCCACUCAGCACCAUGUACUGGAAAAUGGAAUAGAAACCAAAAAUUAAUGAAGGACGGAUCAUACAAGAUUAAAGAACUUUUCUUGACAGUUUUGCAUAGAUUUUGUUGAUGUAAAUGAUUUGUUACAUGUACAACCACAAGUAGUAUAAUCAUGGGAUUUAGUCAGCUAAUUGUAGUUAGGUUAUGUGUAGAGCCCAUAUACAUUGUCAAUUGAAUUCUUGAGAAAUGAAUUUAAGAUUUAACAUGAAUCACUUUUGCAAGUUUUACUAUUACCAAUGCUACCAAGAAACAGGAAUCAAAAACUGCAGCCUGGAAUAUGAGAUUCAAUGGACUUCCACGUCUGGUGUAUGAAAGAAAGAAGGCUUCCCUUCUCAUCAUCAUUCUUUAUUUGAAGAAAAAGGUAACAUAGAAAGACCAACG